GGGCCGGCGUGCUCUGCGCCAGACCCGCCCCGCGCACGGGUCGCGGCUGCCCAGGCUGCGGCGGAGCAGGUUUACAACGGUGCCAGCACUCAUGGCUGGUCUCCUGUGGCGGGCUGCAGCAUUUGUUCAGAGACACAGGACAGGCCUGUUGGUGGGUUCCUGUGCAGGGCUGUUCGGGGCCCAGAUCUCCUACCACCUCUUCCCAGAUCCCGUGAUCCAAUGGCUGUACAGGUACUGGCCUCAGGGCCAGCCAGCCCCACUCUCCCCAGAGCUGGGGGGGCUCUUCCAAGAGGUGCUCCAGGACAUCGGGGUCCCCUCAGGCCAUAGCUACGAAGCUUUCAUCACGUUCACCUUCCAGCCUGUGAGUGCUGGCUUCCCGCGACUCCCUGCGGGGGCUGUAGUGGGCAUCCCAGCCACCUUCCUGGGGAGAACAUUGACCAACAGCGAUCACCCAGUGGUGGUGCACGGACAAAGAGUGAACUGGCAGAGCCCAGCAGGCGCCCGGCUGAGAGAUGCCUUGACCCUGUCCCACGAGGCCCAGAAGUUUGCCUUGGCCAAGGAAGUGGUAUACCUGGAGAGCGGUGCAGCCGCCCUCCAGGCCCUGCCGGCCCCAGCUUGUCUAGCUGGAACCUGGGCCCUGGGCGUGGGUGCCAAGCAUGCACUGGGGCUCUACGGAGGCCCCAUGAAUUUACGGGCGGCCUUCAACCUGGUGGCAGCAGUGGUGGGCUUCGUGGCCUACGCCUUCUCCACGGACUCUCUCACUCAUGCCCUGGAAGGCUGGCUGGACCGUCGCACAGCUGCACUGUCUGCAGCCUAUGCCCGGGGGGGCGUGGAGUUCUAUGAGAAGAUUUUGUCGGGCAAUGUAGCCCUGCGUAGUGUCUUGGGCAGUCACGGAGAGAAGCUGUAUACGCCCAGCGGGAACAUCGUUCCCAGACACUGGUUCCGCAUCAAACAUUUACCCUACACGACCCGCCGGGACUCCGUGCUGCAGAUGUGGAGGGCAGCACUCACCGCAGGCCGUUCCUGAGGGACUCAUCACAAGGAUGGACUGGGCUCAUGCAGACACCACCCUGCGUUGACUCUGGGGGCUCUUGGUGCCUUCGGCCCCAGAACCCAGUGUCAAAUGAAUCAGAGACUCUGAAACAAAACAGCCUAGAUUCUACACCUGUCCAUGAUUCCAGUGACCUUGGGCAAGUCCCUUUUGAAUCUGAGCCUCAGUUUCCUCCGCUGUAAAAUGGGGGUAUUUGUAAAUCAACUGACAGGAUUUGGGGGUUGUGUGAGCUAUGAACAAAAGGGCCUGGCCAAGAGGACACGCCAUCAAUAAUGGGAUGUCCCUCCUUGGUCUUAGAAUUCCAGCAGGCUGUGGGAGUCAGGCCACAUCUCCCCCCUGAAGUGCUUAUAGGAUGGGAACACUUUCCUAUGGUGGAGAACCACCAUGUAGUUCAUCUGGUGGUCUCAUCUCACUUCCUUCCACCGUGGGAGAAAGUAAAGCUUUAGAGGCCCAGGUGAGAAGCUAGCAUGGCCCUAAGAGGCUGGGAGAAGGAGCUUGAGGUGGGAAUUCAGAGCAGGUUUACCCAGGCCUGAUGGCAUGCUCAGACAGACCCCUUGGCCUGAAAAGGAGAGAAAGUGUUGCUGGAACCUGGCAAGACCUGUGGCAUGGGAGACUUGGCAGGAACUCUGGGCAAAGGAAGAAGAAGGAACGAGCCAUUGCAAAACCAAGGCCUUGCAGGGAGGGCACCUGCUGAUGUAGUCCAGAGCGGGGCCAGUACCUGGAGAGGAGAGGAACUGGGGAGUUCCGAGGCGGGUGGCAGGAAGGAAGCAGGGUGGAGGUGGGUGAGAUGGACUGAGCCUAGUGUCGCACCUGGGGCCCAGGGGAAUGCUGCACCCUUACUCUGUUCAUUUCCUUCAAAGCUUCCUGGUGGCAGGUAGAUCAAACCCCACUUUUAAUCCCUGGACAGGAGACCCCCUUCCCAGGAAAGGUGAGGGCAGCUGUGGCCAGAGAGCCAGACUCAUUUGGCCAUUCAUGUAUUUUUAUUGCCGAUUGUGUGUUUUUCCUGGAAGAAUGGAAGCAUUCAGGCCUGGCAUCGGUAUAAUUCAGGGUGAAGAGACGGGGCCACACCCAGGGAAGGGCGCAGGGCAGUACCAGGAAGCCCACUCGGCUGUGGCAUGCACUUCCUGCUGGAGACCGAGUGGGCAGUGAGCAGGGUGCGGUAGCAGGUCUUCCUGCUGGGUCAGUCACAGUGGCUGGAGGUCAGUGCUCUGGCUCCAUUCAACCAGCAUGUGGGUCCCAGUGUUCGGCCUGGG